AUGGUGUUCCCUGAGGACGAAGUGCCAAUUGAACUUUGCCCCUUUUCGACUGCAACGCCAGCGACACCUGCCGAAGACCCGGUGGUUGAUACCGCACCGGCAACACCGGCGUCGGUGACAGCAGAAGAGUCAACUGCACAAGCAGCAGUGAACCAUACCGCAGGGAGGCGAAAGCGGCGGAAGAAAUUGAGUUAUUCGGCUCCUCGAAGCAAGGCAACAACUGGUGCAAAGCAGGAACAAAAGAGUGCGCCUGCAUCACCUGCAUUGGAGGAAAAGCUCAGCAUCUCUGUGAACGGGCAUGCAGGAGAGAACGGAGUCACCGGCGACUCGGAUGGAUCUGCGCCUCCGUCACCUGUAUAUCCUGAUGCUGACGCCUCGCAUCUCUAUCCUUCCACUCCUGAAGGUGAGCCAUGGCGAUGGGAGGAUGCUGACGCGUAUUUUGACCCUCUAGCGCAGAACGACCUAGACAACUUAGUUCGAUGGCGCAAGGAAAACGCUGAUUUUAUUGCUGCGAACCCAUCCGCAUGGCGCGGUAAGUCGGGUAUGGAAAGUAAACGAGCCGUAUUAGAGGCCAUGCUUGCGGAUGCUUCCGAUGAUUCGAUCGCGUACGUGGAGUUUCCUGUUCGUCGCGGUCGUAGCUACCGUGACGUAUGGGAAGAGACGGAUUUUCUUGAGCAGCAGAAGCGCGAUCACUCAACAGGAGAAAGUCACGUCAAAAGCCAAGGCUCGUUAUUAGCGUCGCCUCGCGAUCUAGUGUAUGGAUACGACGAUGAUCUAUUCCAGGACUUUAUGCAUCGUCUGGAGAAUCGAGAAGUUGUCUUCGAUGAAGAGGUUCUGCCAAGCUUUCCGAUGCAUCAGUUGCACCCGGCAUCUCUUGGGCUUUGGAAGCUCCGCAAAAACCAAGAGCCCGACUAUUCAGUGGUGCAUCCUGCCUCUGCGAAUCGCUCCCAGGUACCAGCUCGCUGGAAAGAAGAAAUGAAGCGGCACCACCAACAGCAGUAUGAACUGCAACUGCAGCGGACUGAUGAAUUUGGUGACCCCAGUGAUGGGGAUGAUGAAGGCACCGGAGAUAAUGCGCGUGAUUUACUCCGGGCUACAAUUUCUAACAGCGAGGUCACUGGUGAACUACCGUCAUUUGGCGAUUGUGUGGAAGAGGACGAGAUCUCGCAAGCGCUUGCAGCUUCCAUCAGUAAGUUGAUUCCGCUGUCCAUAUACAAUUGGCGAACUGCCCAGCUCGUUCAUGAGAGAGCUGCGUGCAGUAUUCAAUGUGCACCAAUACUGGAGGGUGAAGCUGCUGCUGCAAGAGAACUAGAGGACGUUUUCCUGCAAUUGUGUCCUCCUGAAGAUACUAGUGCGGAUGUGCCCGUCCUUCCUGGCGUCGGUCCUACGCGUCAACCUCGACCGUCCCAGAUUAACAGUGUUCCGUACGACUUGAUCGCGUAUAGUGUACGCCACGAUAUUGCUGAUAACUGUUCCCUCGCUGUUGCAGCUUCGGUGGAGUUUGCUCUUAGACUGGGUGUAGGCGAUGUGGUGGAUGUACUGGAUCGGAAUGGUUGCUGGAACUAUGGCGAAGUCGUAGAGGUUUACUCGGAAGACAAGAGGGGACUCGCUAAGUUCGUUCUAUUGCGCUUUUCGCUGUGGUCGGAAGACACCGUCGAAUGGAUUGCAGCAAGCGAAGGACGCAUAUUACCACGGGGUGUCGCCGACGGUACACGCCCUUGCUCGGUAGGUCCCACCCGCACCCACCGCGUUCGUGUUCGAUAUGACCAAAGCCUUGCAAGAGCGCUGGAGCGGUCUUUCCCUCAGCGGCAAGCCAGGCAAUCAGCAGCUGCAUCAAAAAUGCUGGCGCAACGACAACACAAUGUCGUGAUCCCAUCUUCCAGUGACCAGCAAAAAACUCCGCAGAAGCGCAAACGAAAGAGGCCAGCCAAAUCGACGACUCUGACUACGCCGACUUAA